CUAAAAAUGACGUAACUAUUCACCAGGCUUCUGCCUAUUGGGGGAUCUGGGUAAGUUAUUGCUCCUAUUUACGGUUCUUGGUUUCUGGCUGGAUAUUUUAUGUUUGCUUCUCUAUCCUAUCCUCAUAAUGCCUCCUCUACACACUGCAGGUCCAGAAGCCUCGAUUGAAGAAUUAACUGAUUUUAUAUGUGCUGCUCAAGUGUCAAAGGAAGCGGAUGCUUAUCUACAAGAACUACCCUGUGAGGCCAAGCCAAAGCCAAAUAUAUUCAGUGGCAAUGGUAAACACAAGAGGAAAUUUUAUGAGCAUGAGUUGUGGAGAAAGAAAAAGCAGAAGGGGUAUCAAAACACAGCGCUGGAUGAAGACACUGAGAUGAUUCGUCUUCCCAUACCAAUGAUAGGGUUUGGAGUCCCUACAGAACCAUGUCCAUUAAUUCACAGAACUCUUCCAGAAGCAGCCAUUGGUCCUCCGUACUUCUAUUAUGAGAAUGUGGCACUAGCUCCCAAAGGAGUUUGGGAUACCAUUAAAAGAUUCUUAUAUGAUGUUGACCCAGAGUUUGUUGAUUCAAAGUUCUUCUGUGCAACUGCAAGGAAAAGAGGCUAUAUUCACAAUCUCCCAAUCAAAAAUAGAUUUCCUCUUCUUCCACUACCCCCACAGACAAUACAUGAAGCAUUACCAUUAACAAGGAAAUGGUGGCCCUCAUGGGAUCAACGAACACAUUUGAAUUGUUUGCAAACUUGCAUUUGUAGUGCAAAACUGACUGAGAGGAUUCGCAAGUCUCUUGAACCAUGGGAUGGUGAGCCACCAAUGCAUGUGCAAAAUUAUGUCCUUCAUGAAUGUCGUAAAUGGAAUCUAGUUUGGGUGGGGAGGAACAAGGUUGCACCUCUAGAGGCUGAUGAAGUGGAAAUGCUUCUAGGGUUUCCAAGGAACCAUACAAGGGGAGGUGGUAUAAGUAGGACUGACAGGUAUAAAUCACUCGGGAAUUCAUUCCAGGUCGACACAGUGGCUUAUCAUCUCUCUGUGUUGAAGGACAUAUUCCCGGGUGGCAUCAACGUUUUAUCACUUUUUUCAGGGAUUGGUGGUGCGGAAGUUGCUCUUCACCGGCUUGGUGUCCCCCUUAAGACUGUGGUAUCAGUCGAGAUAUCUGAGGUUAAUAGAAACAUCGUCCGAAGUUGGUGGGAGCAGACCAAUCAAAAAGGAACUCUGAUUGAUAUGACUGAUGUACAAGAGUUAAAUGGCGACCGGCUAGAGCAGCUAAUCGGUACAUUUGGGGGCUUUGACUUGGUGAUUGGUGGCAGCCCAUGCAAUAACCUUGCAGGCAGCAACCGGCAUAGCAGGGAUGGAUUGGAGGGUAAAGAAUCUUCACUUUUUUUCGAUUAUUUUCGUAUUCUAGACCUGGUCAAGUGUAUAAUGGGUAGCAAACAAUAAUUUUCAUUAGUAGGGCCAUUUUUUCCAAUCCUAUUUGUUUCAAAUUUCUUAGGUCCUCUUGACAUUUAAAGGCUGUUAAUGACUUAUCCAAGUUCCAUUCCUUGUCAAAGAAAACCGAAUUCUUGAAAAAGGUGUUGGGUGCUGUUUUUUAUUAUAUAUACUGGGAGUAACCUGUGUUUGAAGGUAC